AUCCCCGCGCAGGUGGACGGAGCCAGGUGGAGGCGCGUCCAUGCCACCGGACGUUUCCCGGACGCGGGCACACGCAGGCAUCCGUGAGUCCAAACCCGGCACGCAGUUCGGCGAAGCCGGAGGGGAGGACGCCUUCUCCCGCUGCCUCGGAGCGCCGACUCGGGCGGGCGGGGCGGCGCGGGGCAGGUGCGGCCUCGGGCGGUGCGGCGGCCCGGCCCGGCCCGGCGAGGGGAGUUCCCGCAGCCCGCCCCUGCGCCCGCCCCUCGCCGCCCGCGGCUCCUCCUCGCCUCGCCAUGGUGGAGCGGGGAGACUCGGCGCCGCUGCUGCGCUGGGCCCAGGGCCCCGCCGUCUCUCCGCCGCAGGCCCCGGAGCUGCAGGCUGGAGGCCGGGGCUGGGGCAGCGGCGGGGGCGGCCGGCCGGCCGCGGAGCUGCCCAGGAGGCGGGAGCCCGAGGAGCUGGGCGCCUCCGAGGUGCUGCUGCAGCCCGGGCGCCUGGAGCUGGGCGACGUGGAGGAGGACCAGGUGGUGGCCGUGUUCGUGGUCACCUUCGAUCCCCGCUCGGGGAACAUGGUGGAAUGGUGCCUGCCUCAAGAUAUUGACCUUGAAGGUGUUGAGUUCAAGUCUAUGGCCAGUGGGUCCCAUAAAAUUCAAUCGGACUUCAUCUAUUUCCGAAAGGGGCCGUUCUUUGGCCUGGCCUGCUUCGCCAACAUGCCUGUGGAGAGUGAGCUGGAGCGAGGCGCCCGAAUGAAGUCUGUGGGCAUCCUGUCUCCGUCCUACACCCUGCUUUACCGGUACAUGCACUUCCUGGAGAACCAGGUUCGACACCAGCUGGAGACGCCGGGACAUUACUCCCAUCUGGCUGCAUUCUACGAGGACAAGAAAGGGGUGCUCCAUGCCAGUCCGGGGAGAGGCAGCAGCCUGCCCCCCGUCUACUGGCUGCCUUCUAUCCACCGAUACAUGUAUCCCGAGAUGAAGAUCACACACCCAGCUGGCUGCAUGUCUCAGUUUAUCAAGUUCUUUGGAGAACAGAUCCUCAUCCUUUGGAAAUUUGCCUUACUUCGAAAGCGCAUUUUGAUAUUUUCUCCCCCUCCCGUGGGCGUCGUAUGCUAUAGAGUGUACUGCUGCUGCUGUCUGGCCAACGUCUCCCUGCCGGGCAUCGGGGGCACCGUUCCUGAGUCCAAGCCCUUCUUCUAUGUGAACGUGGCUGACAUCGAGAGCCUGGAGGUAGAGGUGUCCUAUGUGGCCUGCACCACAGAGAAGAUUUUCGAGGAGAAGCGGGAACUGUAUGAUGUCUAUGUGGAUAACCAGAACGUGAAGACACACCACGACCACCUGCAGCCCUUGCUGAAGAUCAACAGUGCUGACCGCGAGAAGUACCAGCGGCUCAACGAGCAGAGGCAGAUGCUGCUAUACUCCCAGGAGGUGGAAGAAGAGUACAACCCCUGUGAGGAGGACCUCUUCGUGCUGUUUUUCCUAGAGCAAAACAACCGGAUAUUUCAGACUUUGCUGGAGGUGUCCGCCAGUCAAGAUAAAACCCUGACCGCUGAGCAUGCCCGCGGCAUGGGUCUAGACCCGCAAGGGGACCGGAGCUUUCUGAUGGACCUGCUGGAGGCCUACGGCAUCGACGUCAUGUUGGUCAUCGACAACCCCUGUUGCCCCUAGGAAGAGUGAGCCAAGGCUGGUGAGCCUCUCUUGCCUGGGGAUCUCAUGCUGGGCCCCAGAAGACCUCAUUUUUUUAUUAAGCUGACGCACAGGAUUAUGGUUUCUACUUUCCAACAAAUGUGAUUUUUGCAGUCUCCUUUCUUCCCCUCCUCCCUCGUGGUAAGACGAGACCACCUUGGUUUUAUGUCCUGCUCUGGUACGAUGUUGGAAUCCACCGCUUUCUCGCAGAACUGCUGCCUGGUUUGGUGAUCAGAGCAGAUUCUCUCAUCGCCUUGUUGAGUGACUUGAGGGGAUGUGGUGAAGGCCAUCUAUCACUAGGAGCAGGCCAAGCGCUGCAAACACUGGGGCAGACUCCUCAGAGAGUGCCUUGAGGUCCUCGAGAAUGAGAGAACUGCCCCGGGUGGCCGUGGAUGUGCAUCUCCUGGAGAUGGAAGCUAGCUAGACCUUAUGACCCUUCAAGGUUCUUCUCGGUUCCGGGAGUCCCGUGUUGGGAUCAAAUCCCUUUUCCUGUUCACUAGGGCAAACCUGCAUCUUCUCUGUUCAUGUGAGUAGAGACCUCGAAGAGGAACAAAAGGAUGUUUCUGUCGCUAAGGCUGAGCUGCUCUGAGGACAGAAUGACAGGAAGAGGUUUCUUACCAGCCAUGUGGGAAUUCAGAUUGUAGAAUGAAGCUUUGAAACUUGCCUCAGAGUAAAUUAGUGGCGGCCCGUCCAUGUGAUACUCCUUUCCUCCCCGAGUCCCUCUCCUCUAGGGAUGGCCCUGGAGCUUGCAAGCAAACUCAUUUUACAGUGUAGUUUCCUUGAAGGGCUAACUAUCCUUGUGGAGUAAUUUUGGUAUUUUUAAAGAGUAAUGUUUGUUGCCGCCAAAGGCAGAGCAGUUGGGAUUCAAAUAGGAGAGAGAAGAUGUUUCUCCAUCUGAGAGUUCUCUGGACACAUCACUAGCAGAGCCUCUGGAUCAAAACAGAGACUGACCGGAUUCUGUAAUCAAGCAAGGAUCUGAGCUGGUCACUCCGAGUCUGGAGCAAGACUGCGUACCAGCUUGGAGCCCUCACCAGUUUCUCUUUCGCAGAGAUGACAUUCCUUGAGCUAAGUAGUUGGGGCCAGACACUAACAUGUGUGUCGAGAGAGUGAAUUUGACAGUGCCUUCACCUGGGGAAGUGGUUGGAACCCCUGAGUGUCCGUGGUGAGUUCCCCUGCAUUCCCCUGACAUGUUUUGGUCUGAAAUGACUCCUGUCGGUCCCUGCCUCUUCUCUUCGGCUGGGCCAUUCCAGGGACGCCAACUUCGAUGAGACAAUAGGAGUUUGAAGCCAGCUCUCGUGAAUAGAUUUGAGGUCUUUUUGGCCAUAGUCUAGGAUUUGGACUUGGGCUCCUGGGUUGUUGGUGACAGUUUCUUCCCUUUGGACCUUCUGCCUGGCUGUGUCAUUGGCCUAGCCAUCCGUGUAUCCAUGUCUGUGACGGGCUUCCAGCCAGGCUAAUACAGCAGAGAAAUAACCUUCGAAUGGUUGGAUCACACAUCUGAUCUCAAGACUAGCUUUUUAGGGCUCAUUGCUUUAUUCAGAAAUAUUUUCACUAUAGCUCCUUGAUACAGGAUUCAAGACUAAAGAAAUUCACGUGGACAGAUGUAAAUACAUCCUAGUUAAUCAGAGUAGCAUCUUUGAUGUAAAUAUGUAAGUUUGGGCAUUGAAAUGUAAACUGUACAACUAAUACUCUUUCCUCUUCCGUGUGGGUUGAGCCAUCAUUUCAGUCAGAUGUCUUUUCACAAAAGAAGUUUCACCACCUCUUUCCUUGAAGAGCAGCCUUCUCUGGUCUCUGGGGAAAGAGCGGCCUUUCUGGCCUGGGUCGAGUAAUGGUGACUUUCCGUGGUGUCUGAAGGCUCAAGGUUUUCGAAGUUGGGGGGCUUGUGUCUGAAGCAGGGGUAGGGGUGACAGAAAAGGUCGGAUUCUCUCGGCGGACGUAGGCCCCCUUCCUCAGGACGCGUGGGGUCUGUUGGAAGAUGGUUGUCUUUAAGCACUUCUGCACGCAAUCACUUGUGUUUCUGUGGAAUUGUAACUCCAGGCUCACAAGUACUCGUGUAAAGGUCAUAAGGUGGAAAUGACGUUCCGGUAUUUUCCUUUGAAUGGUGGGUAGGACUCCGGGCUCCUUGCAGCUCCACACUCUUCCAGGUGGCCGUGUGGCCUCUCUGUGCGGUCCCCUCACACUCAUGCAGGGGGCAGGGGGAUGGGCGCCGGGGGGAGUAUACAAGCGAGCCUGGGCUCAGCUGACCCCAAAACGAACUUCUUCCCCACCCACCCCGUAUCCCUUUUAAGAGAGAACCCAAGGACUUGGUCCUUCCCUUGCAACUUCCUUCUGGGCCAGAAGUCCGGCGCCGCACGCCCUCUGGCCGGCUGAGUAGCAUGCCUGUUGGCUUUGUACUCCCCUUGGUCACUGUUCACCAUCCCCCGAGUGUUCUCUUGCCUGGAUUGUGAUACGGAGCCUCUUGUUUCUGAGGUCACCUUUUGAAGACUUGCUCUGUACCUGACUCUGCUCCCAUCCCCCUGCCUUCCCCCCAGUGUGUCCGGUUAGCAGCCCACCCAGCAUCAUUUGCUGCCCCUCCGCUAAAAGGGGCACGGGGGUGUGGGUUUGUUCCUGGCCAGGACUCCCCGCAGUGACAGCUGAAGCGAGAAGCCGCACGGACCUGCUUUUCUGCCGUUGUUGAACGAUUUCCUUAAAAGCCUUCUGCUUUUGUUCAGAAGACAUGGUCGGCAGCCUUCUUUUCUGCCUCAUAGGUCCAUAAGUUCUGGAGGGGCAGGGACUCUUAACCACAGACUCCUGAAGCAGGGCUGGAAGCCGAGGAUGGAGGCGCUUGACCGAUGAUUGCCUUCUACCCCCUCGACUGUUGAACCUCCCAUUCCCGCCCCCCACCCCACCCCAGCUGGCUUGGUCCUCCCGAGACCUUGAAGCCUGGUCUAAUGCCAUGCUGUGAGCCAUGAGCUCACCUGGAAACACUGCUGACCCAAGACAUCUAGGCUGCUGUCGUUCCUGAAUUGAGUCUGACAAAAGCCGGGUAGCAAGGUGCCUUAUGGGGCCAGGAAUCCAGGCUUAGUGUUUAUUGAUGUCCAGCAAAAUGUGACAGAGGCCUAUUAAAGUGGGGUUUGUUUGUUUUUUUUUUUUUUUUUCCAAUUCUGCAGGCGUGGCAGAUGGUAAUAUUCAGCCUUGGAGAAAAUGUCCAGUUGUGCUUUGGCGUAGGAUUCUCUCUCCAGAAGGAGUCAGAAACGGUAGGAUUUAUCUCCUACGAGAAGCAAAAGUGUGGGCCGGACGAUUGGUUUAGCAUUAACGAUGGCUUUCAUCAGGCACGAAGCUCUCCUUGGGCCUGGUGUAGAUCUGUCCCCGGCGCCACUUGGGGCCUUGUCUGGUCCUCAGUCAGGACAGGCAUGAACCAGAAGACACGUGCCCCCCCAACAACUGCCACCCAGCAUGGCAGCUCUUCUUCCGUUUGGCCAGGGAACGGGUGCUGGAUUCAUUGAUCAUGCUAGGAAUCAUUGAGCCCAGAAUCUGCAUCUAGAACUUACCUUGUGUCGUUCCCCAUGAACAUCAGGAUGGGAAUUUUCAGGGUAGCACAGACCAUUCUAAAUACCACCUAUGCCGACUCAUUUGUCAGCGUAACUACCUGGUAUUUUUGCCAGAAGAUAAAGGUAAAGAUAAAUCAUAGCUGAGUUGCUCUUUUUCAUUCCGGUGGUUAUGAGGAUGAACUUGCUAUUUGUCUUGAUACGCUGAAAGCCCUUCCAACACAAUAAAAAGAUGAGAUUAUUCACCUUGAAGCUGAGGCCUGCAGGGAGCCUUCAGUAAAGAGCAGUCGUGAAUUAAACUUUGGCGGGGCAGCAGCCCUCUGGGAAGAGCCAGGGACCUCAGGGACCUUUUGUUUUCCUUUUUUUCUGAAACCGUAUAGCCCAGGGAAUGGGUUGAGACACUUGCUCCAAGUCCCUGGACAGAUCAGACUUGCAGAGGUAAGGGGGCAGGAGGGUGCUGAAUAAAUUAUAAGGCGAUGGUCAGCUUGACCGUGAACUUUGCUUCGUUAGGCUGUCAGUUCUGAAAUAGGCAAGAAAGAACAUGGGGACCAACGUGUCAUGCAAGGGCUUUCACCUCCCCGUCCGGUUCCUCGCUAGCAGGCUCGGAAUCUGUGAGGUCCAGCCCGAGGAUCUUUCUAGCGCCCCUCUCAGCGAGGCUCCUGCAGAGCCAGACGCUGCCCUCCGCUGGCCCGACCUGUCCCUUCUCAUUUCAGGGAAACCCUUUUCUGAUUCAGGUAGGGGAAGAGCAGGAGUCAAGGGGCUUCUCUUACUCCUGAGUUGUGGAUUUUUGGUAUUCCAUUCUAGGACUCAUAUACCUCUGUUCCCAGGAGCUGCUAGAGCACCGAGUGUUGGGAGAGAAAGGCUGUGAAUUAAGUUAAUAUUUUUCUUAUAAGAAAUGGGAGUCUAUUUUUCUAUCAAUAUUAUUACUAUGUGAUGAAUGGAGUGUGCAGAUGUUGAAAUGGAAGGAGACUUCAAAACGAUAAGCCUCGAAAUGCGAAGUUUUGUCAUUUGGAAGCAACUGAGACCCCAUAAAAGUUUUAUUACUUGUUUUCGAGCGUGAACAAGGAGACGGUGCUGUGAAGUAUUAACCACACUCUCUAGGAGAUGAAUGUGAUGGUCCUGGGGAGGCUAACGCAGUCCCCGACCUUACGGAAAAUUCUUUUACAAAGCGUGUAAACGUGAUAAUGCUGAUUAGUGAGCCUCUUACUGGAGCGGUAUGGUUUUAUAACCUGGCACUUUAAUUCUUUUCUGGAGCCGGAAUACAGGGGCAGUUGGAUGAAACUGCACAUUUAGAAACUAAGUGAGAAUUUUCUCGUGCUUAUAAAUGAUGAUGGGGAAAUAAAGCCCUUUAGAGUUAUCCUAGAAGCUCAGCAUAACAUGGGCUAUUAGCGGUAACAUAACCUAAAUUCAGAAAAUUUACUUACUUACCACGGGUAGAAGGAUAGGUGUGAAUUACUUACGCUGGUUGUAGAAUGCAGGUUUAGACUAACAAUACAUUUACUGUGCUUUUUUGAGGACAGGUGGGGAACACAGGGGUGGGUAGGUUAGGGCCUUAGAAAUUAGCCAGGGAUGAUUCACAAAAUGAAAAAUCCACACAGUGGUCACUGAGUUAGCUGGUUGCAAAUAUAUCUCAUUGAUGUUGGAGUGAAAACUUCCUUAGGCCAAAUCAAGCGAAGAUAAAAGCGGACAAAAAUUUUGAAGGCGGCAUCAGGGAUAGUUUAUAUAGGGCGCCCACAAAGACCAUCAUUAGGAAGCGUGUAGAUUCUGUGCUUUUGAACAGACUGGGUAGGAGACUCUAGGGGUGUAGAGGAAAGCAAAAUUAUCCCCCUAUUUACCCAAGCUUGUUGGCUAAAUUUUUUGUUACAGGUCUGGGACACAAACCUUUUCUGAAAAAGGAAUAGUUGUAGCCUUGGAAAAAUGGUUUUUCUAUUUUUCCCCCGUUAGGAUCAGCAUAGCCUCCCUUUCGCCUUAAGUGUCAGACCCCUAUUUUGAUUAAUUAAUACCCCAGCAUAAGAGUUAGAGCAAUAAGAGACACAAUCUAUUUUUGUUUAAAUUCUUUACCUCAUAGUAUGAAAUUAGUAAGACAGUUGAUGAUUUUACCCUGAAUACUGGUGCAGAGAGGUAUGUUGUUCUGUUUCGAAUGGGAAGAAUUUUAAUGGCCUAAAGAAAGCUGGGGUUAAUCCUGAAGCUAGGAGUAAAUGUUUACCUGAUUUUGUUCUGUGGUACCAAUAACAUCUGUGUAUAUCUUCUCUGUAUAUAUCUGAGCCAAGUUGUGGGCAGAGAGGUUGCUAGAACUCUAUUUACAGAAUACAGUUUUUACAAUUAAAAUUCACAUUUUAACAUGAGCAUGUGUGCUGCUGUCCUUCCCUGGCCCGAGAGAUGGGGUCUGUGUGGGAAGGAGGGGCGGCCCGGGGUAGGAGCAGGACCGGAAGGCGGACCUCACAGUGACGCCGGAGCCCCCCACCCGGCGCGUCUGGUGCCUGUUCUCCGUAAACCACCUCCAGGUCCCGGGGAGCAGAGCCGGGCCUGACCGCGCCGUCCGGGAGAGCCAGCGCCACACGCACGCGGCCACACGCCCAAGUUUUAAGGCGGUACAGGGUGGAUUGCUCACAUCGCUGGCUCUUGUGUUCAAAGCCGGGUUCCUCCUUUCCAAGGUCCGUGACCAAGGUGUCUGACGUCCCCUACUUCCUCGGGCUCAGGCAGAACGGAGGGAAGCCCUUGCGUGCGUAAAGAAAGUGCUAGCACGUCGUACCUACAGCUGUGUGCGUGGACCAGCCACGGCGCUCAGCACAGGGCUUGUAUAGAAAACAUCUGCUGGGCUUUCAUUAGAAGUCAUCCUAGCUUUUGAGUAAAGCCUUGCAAAAGGUUUGUGCAUACAGGAGGUGGGGGGCCCGGGCUCUCCGCAUCUCCGCAUUCGGGGCCGGGCUGACAAGGCGCUGAGCUGCACUGUGGCUGUGUCCUUCCCGUGGCUGCUGUGCGCCAGGUCCGUGGCAAAAACAAGGCCGUGACCGAUAAGGAAACCGUUGUUCUCACAGGAGCUAGCCUGAAUCAAGAAAGCGAAAUCCCCAGCAGGGAUCACAGAUUUCAAAAGGGAUAAAAAUACUGAUCUCUUAAAUACCCUUCCCCGAUCCUACAUCCCGUUAUUUCACUGGGCGGAUCAGAAUCGCUAAAUAAACAGACGCGCCGGUCGCCAGCCGAUCAAGGACGAAGCCAGCCAGCUUCUGUGCUGGUCCUUUACAACCUAUCAGAAAUCUAAGAUGGUUCAGGACUCCCCUGGCUCCUGGAGGGACAUUCCCUGCUCCCCUCUGUGGGCACCAGGGAGCGGGCGCUCCUUCUGCAGGUUUGCACCCACCUGUUUUUGGGCGGCGAAGCACAGCUUGUAACACCUCUGAAUACAGAACUGAACAGGUAAGCCUGGUUGUGAUCCUUCUUCAUACGCCUUAUAAUCCUUUUAAGCACUGGUCUUCACUCUCCAAGGGAUUCAUGGGCGCGGGUAUACGUACAGUCCGAAAACUGAUCGGCCUGGGGCCAAGGCCUAUGAGUUCUGCUUCCCGUUUCCCCCCUUCACCCCCAUCCUCCCUCAUCAUCCAUUCUGGGCAUUGCCCUCUGGAGUAUGGAAACCUUGGGGGCAACCAAACACAGGAAAAUCCUGAUGGUACUAUUAAAAAAUCAAUGAUUUAAGCCUGGCUUACAGAUCCUUAGCAAAUCAGGUACUUUCUAGUUCUCUGCUUUCAACAAACUAAAGGAAGAGCUAAUCAAGCUACUAAGUUCAAAGAACUGGAUGACAUUAGAAUUCUUUGUCUCGUCUAAUUUGGGUGCUUAGAUCUAUAAAAAAACGAAACAAGGACUAUAAAUGGUGUUGAGUCCUGUUUUAAUCUUAGCUGUAAAUAACGUUCUUGAACUCAAAGGGUUAGUUUUUAAUUAUCAAAAAUUCUCAGUAUUUUCAUCAGUUGUAUUCCAGUAAUUGUAACAGUUAAUCCUGUACUCAGUUAACACUAAAAAAUUUCCAUUUAUAUUUUUUGAUGGCAAGAAAAUAGGGCAAGUGAUA